AUGACACAGUGCGAUUUGUUCUUACAACCCGAGGCAGCCUUUCAAACAUUAUCGGAUCUUGGCGAAAUGGAGUGUAUUCAGUUUCUUGAUCAGCCGAAAGAAGAUUCACAAACAUUCCAGAGAAAUUAUAUGGCAGAAGUACGUCGUUUCGACGCUAUGGAAAGACAAUUGCGAUACUUAGAAAUGGAAGCAACUAAUGCAAAUAUUAAAAUACCCAAAGCAAAAGAUGAACCCAAUGCAUUGAAUCCUAAAGAAACUCUGGAUUUAGAGAACUUAUUGGAUGAAUGGGAGGAAGACGUUGAUGAAAUGUCAACCAACGAAGCUAGUCUACUGCAGAAUUAUGUGGACCUCGUAGAAUUGGAAUAUGUAUUGGGUACUAUUGGACCAUUACUAGGUGAUGGCGAGGAGGAGUCUAAGCUUGGAAAACAAAUAACAACUGCCGCACCAUACUUGUUGCAAGGAGGGCACUUGUUCAUAUUUACUGGAGUGGUGCGACGAAGUAGAAGCUUUCCAUUUGAAAUGAUGCUUUGGAGGAUUUCGAGAGGCAACAUUUACUAUAGACAAGCCAACGAAGACAAAGUUGUGUUCUAUCCAACGUUGGGUCAAGAAGUACGAAGAGUAGCAUUCCUUGUAAUUUGUCAAGGUGAAGAGCUAAGUACACGUGCUGAAAAAGUUUGUAAUGGUUUUCGUGCCAAAUUAUAUCCGAUCCCAAAGAAUAGUGCAGAACGAGAAGAACUUUUAUAUAAAGUAGGCAUUGCGAUCAAUGAUUUAGAGCAGGUUGUGAAAAAAACCAAGUAUCACAGGUGUAAAGCUCUUAGAGUGGUAGCAAAAGAUUGGUCACGUUUUUCAAUUAAAGUGAAAAAAGCUGCAGCGAUUUACCACAAUUUGAAUCGAUUUAAUUUCGAUGUAACUAAGAACUGUCUUAUUGGCCGGUGCUGGGUGGCUGAAAAGGAUUUGAAUAAAAUUCAAACCUGCUUGGACAAAAACACGAAACAAGCUGGUACUAAUAUUCCUUCAUUUAUGACCAAGAGGGAAACCACAGAUAUGCCGCCGACUUACUUCAGAUUAAAUAAAUUCACAGCUGGGUUUCAAAAUUUGAUUAACGCCUACGGUGCAGCGACGUAUAAAGAAUUAAAUCCAGGUAUAUACACUAUAAUAACAUUCCCUUUUUUAUUUGCUUUGAUGUUUGGAGAUUUGGGACAUGGAAUAUUAUUGGUUGCAUUUAGUUCAUGGAUGAUACACGGAGAAAAAGACUUCAUAAAACAAAAAUCAACUAAUGAGAUAUGGAAUAUAAUGUUUGGCGGCCGAUAUGUUAUAUUACUUUUAGGUCUGUUCUCUAUGUACACCGGUUUCCUUUACAAUGAUUUAUUUGGAAGAGUAAUGAAUUUUCCUGGGUCUUGGCUGUCUUUUGUAAUGACUAGUAAAAUGUCGGAUGACGAGGUGGCCGGCAAAGAAACUUUAGAAUUAAACCCUAAGAAUAGUCGACCAUACAUAUGGGGGAACGAUCCUGUGUGGGCGGUAAUAUUUUUGAAUAUGUAGACAAUUUUUAAAGCUAUUAUAUCAUACUGAGAGGAUCCAGGCAGGUCCAUAUAGGCAAUCUAUGCAACUGCCUAUGGCGCUUGUGUUUGGAGACGCAUGGCGUUUUUUCUUCGAUUGUUCUUUGGACAUGAGUCCACGUCCGUGUUAUUCAAUGAGUACUACAAAUUACUACCAGUAGUGCUUAAGGAGUUUCUCUUGUCAUUGGCAAAAUUAAUAUUUUAUUUUGUUGUGAUAUUUUUAUGGUAUAGCACUGGAACGACAGUGUUUUUCCUACAGUGUCAAUUUCCAUUGAACCAGUGCUGAGAGGAAUGAAUUACUUUCAUAUUUAGAAUAAAUGCAAAGAUUCUAAAAGAAUCUCGCGAAGAAAAUCGUCAUGGAGGUUGUGCACCCCAGCUUCUAAUACUUUUUAUCGACAUGUUUCUUCUGUCCGAAACUAAACCAGUGGGAGAUGGUUGUGAUGCCUACAUGUUCCCAGGACAAAGAAUAGUUCAAACUUUAUUAUUAUUGAUCGCGCUCUUAUGCAUACCCGUUUUGUUAUUUGGAACCCCGGUCUAUCUAAUGAUGUAUCAUAAUAAAAAGAAAAAACAGUUAAUGAAGAGGAUUGGCACUUUUCGAAAAUAUCAACGAAGCAGUUUGAAUAAAGAAGAUGAGAAGUUACAAGCGCAGGUGAAGAUGCACUCGAUUUCGUUCGGCGAAUUGAUGAUUCACCAAGCAAUUGAGACUAUAGAAUAUGUGUUGAGCACCGUAUCCCAUACAGCUUCAUAUCUUCGGCUUUGGGCAUUGUCAUUGGCGCAUGCAUGUAACUAUUUAUUGUUAUACAUGACAACCGAUAAGUGCUUUAUUUUUCGAUAAAUCUAGAGAUAUACAGCUUUAUCGCGUAAUUUUUAAACCUUAUUAAUGUGUCAAAAUGAAGUCCUGAUAAAUAUAUAAGGCUGACAGAGCAACUGUCACUGCUUCAUUUUGUCGUUUGAAUGUAAAGUUAAUAUAGACUAAUAUUAUAGAGAAACAAGAUGUUAUUGUUUGAUGGUUUGUUUCUUUACAUUGAAUAGGCUACGAAACUACAGGACUGAUUUAAGAAAUCUUCUUUAAAUAAUCAAAAUCUACAUUAGCUUGUGUAAAUUAUAAUAGAAAGGUGAAUGACUGAAAGAAAAAGGGGGUAUCAUAAGAUGAAGAGACACUUGGAAAAUUCUGGUUGGACAAGCAAAUCAGGAAAGAAAACUGCUAUUAAUAAACUAUAAUUACCUAUAUACUUUGUAUUUCAGCUUUAUCAGAAAUGUUAUGGGACAUGGUUUUAGAAAAAAUAGCUUUAAAAGAUCGCAGUUUCAUUGGAUGUAUUAAACUGGUAGUGAUAUUUGCGGUCUGGGCAUUCUUCACUAUAUGCAUUCUGGUGGUAAUGGAAGGAUUGUCAGCGUUUCUGCAUACGUUAAGGUUACAUUGGUUAGUCGAUAAAAUAAACAAUAUUGAAAAUAUUUAUGAUUAGUUAUUCCUCUUCGUAAUAAAAACAAAAGUAGUUUUAUUUUUAGUGUGAUAUUAGUGAUUAUUUUGCUAAUUUCACAUCUUUCCUCUAGUUCUAUUAUUCAAAAUUUAUACUUCUCACGCAGUUUAUAUAGAGGU